AUGGACCUCAGGACCUUCAGCAUCAGCAUCACCCUGCUGCUGCUCCAGUCGACAGCUCCAGCAGCUCAUGAUGACGGCUGGUCGAUGACAGUUCCUCCGGAGGUCCUGGCUCGGGAGGGGUACCCGGUGGUGCUGCCCUGCUCGUUUACUCACCCCCACCAGACCCACCACUCCUCCAUGCAGGUGGUGUGGCGCCUGGGUCACGGGCACACCGGCACGGUGCUGUUCCGCUGCUCCAGCCUGAACGGCAGCCAGCACUGCCAGCCACGCCCAAACCAGGACCAGCGCUACCGGCUGGAGGGGAACCACCGCGAGCACGACCUGUCGCUGCGCAUCAACAGCGCUGCCCUGCAGGACAGCGGGCGCUACUACUGCCGGGUCGAGCUGCCGGGACAACUGCACGGCAACUACGAGAAUAAACUGGGGACGAGGCUGAGAGUGGAAGCUCCUCCCCGUAUCCUGAGCCUGACCGUAGAGGGCGCUGUGGACGCCGGUCUGAAAGCCCUGUGCCGGGUCCAGGGCUCCCCCCUGCCUGACGUCCAGUGGAUGGGUCCGGAUGAUUAUUUGGAGGAUGAUACUGGACUCCCGCUCUCUCAGGAAGCCCCCGGUCAGCACCGGACCACCAGCCAGCUCCUGGACGUCCAGCCGGGGGGGCAGUACACCUGUACCGCCUCAAACCACCUAGGAAAGGACCAAGCCAUGGUGUACAUUCUACCCAGCGCUCCAGAGAAGAUCACCAGUGAGACCCACUCUACUGCCCUGCCACUCAUGCUGGGGUUAGCAUUAGCGGCUAAAGUGGUGCUAGCCUUGGGUUUGGGGGGCUGGAUACUUAACGCUUUCCACUCAAAGCAGCAAACAGAGGGUCCAGACUUUACUUCCUAAGGUUCAUAAAGACGUAACCCUGCUGGUCAUGUUUUAACGUUUC